AUCAAGCUAAGCAACAUAUAUACAAAGCAAAUUCCUUUCAACAAGGGAAGAUUUAAGGUACCCUUAGCUUGCAUCCAUGGCUACUACUAGCAAACUUGGCCUUGUCACCCUCCUCCUCUGCGGCAUUAUUGUCGUGGUUGGAAGCCAGAUGAAGCAUGCAAAUGCCCAAGAAAAAGAACGUUGCCUUAAGGACUGUGAUGUUCAAGCAAAGUAUAUGAUCUGCCCUGCAACUUCUGUGAUAUCAGAGGUUAACUGCACAAAUUGUUGCGUAGCAAACAACGAUGGCUGCAUACUCUAUAAUCACAAUGGAACUGCCCUUUGCCCAAAGGAACCAUGCACCAUUGCCCCUAAUUAAGAUUAAUUAUAUUAUUGCAUCUAUGGCCUGGUUUGCUGUGUUGGGUAGAGACUUGAAAAGUCAAAUUCAGUACCUUAGCUGCCUCUCAAAAAUGUGUGACAAUAUAAGAAAAUAAAGUUGUGUCUUUGCUACUAGCUAUAACUUUUAGUGUAGUGGUAAGCGUUUGAUCUUAACAUAUUAUACUAUAGUGUGCAGUGUGUAUCUUUGAAUAGUAUGGGGAUUAGGAUUACCCCUGGCCUGCCUCUCCUUUCUUGUACUUGUGUUGACUGUGUAUAGUUCUAAGCUUUUGGCUAUAUAUGUUAAUGAAAGGGAAGAGUGGAUCUUCAUCUGAUCUUCUACAAAA